AUGUUGUCUCAGCUUGUUCGCGGGAGAAGCGCUGCCUCUCAGCUUCGGGUUUUGAAGGGACGCUCCCUUCCCCAACCAUUCGCAAAACUACGCCAUCAUUCCCACACAAGUCGACUCACAUCACUGCAAAGCUCAGCGUCCAGGUCUUCCCCCGAAAAUCGUUCACGUCGCUCCUCCUUCCAAUCUAGCCGGAAACUUGCCACCGCCGCCGACACCCCGAUAGUUGACAGACUAUCCCACCUCGACAACUUCGACCAGUCGUCCUAUUCAUCAGACCUCCGGCAGAAACAAGAAUGGAAUUCCUUUCUUCCGUCCCAGGGGGAGUUUGAUCCUUCUUCGCUCAUCAUUAUGGACGAUGAGCUGCUCACGAAACCAAAAAUCCUGAGAAGAGUCAACGGCAUUGGCGGCGAUCACGAUGAGAUGCUGGCCAACCUGGAGCUCUCGAUGAAACUCGGUGAUUUCGCCCGGGCCUCGAACCUGAUCAAUCGGCUUCGUGAUGAAUUUCACCCUGUGGGAUCGAAGGCGUAUCUUGAUUAUCACAACAAACUGCUCCAGUCUAUGGUCUCGCAUGCCAUCCAGAAACGAGACCUAGAUUUAGCCCGCCAAGCACAGCGGUGGUUCGAGGUGGACAUGCCUUACGGCGGUGUUGAAGCGGAUCCAACUACUUUUGCCACUAUGAUUCGCAUGGCUCUGCGUUUGUUUUACGGGCCAAAGCGGGAUCGAGCUGUUCGCCGGUAUUGGGGCCUGGCGAAAGGAAAGGAAUGUGAGGAGCUUGUGCUGUCUGUUCCUGUGCUCUCUGAGGUCGAGCUCGGUGAACUUUCUGAGAUUUGCUCAGCAGAUCUUCAACGACUCGCCAUCAACAGCAUGCAACCUGAAUCCGCGAAGGUUGAUGAGCCGGUACCAAACAAUGUCCCCGAAGUUAAGGCGGUUGAACAAAAAGGGCUUGGGCUUUCAUCGUUAAAGGAUUCUAUGUCUUCAGUUUUCGCAGAUGAUGCGAAAAAGAUUCCCGCCAUGGAUGAGGAAAGCAGGGAGGUUUACCAACAGCGACGACAGCAGCAACUUGAAGCUGAUGUCAUGAAGUCUGCCGUCAACCGCUGGCGACAAGAAAACAAAAUACAGCAACAGUUUCAGCCCGAUGUGUUUGAGAACGGCAAACAACUAGGGCCCUUGCUUCGCCAAUGGAAUGCGGACCUUGUCGUGCGGAUUGAAGAGGAAUUCAAGGAAAUAGAAAAAGCCAGAACCGCUUCUAUGAUUACGGAUGAAGUUAGGGAGCGCGUUGACUAUGGCCCUUAUCUUCGUAUGGUGAAACCGGAGGAGCUAGCGUCCUUGACGAUACUCACGACCAUAAAUAACUUGACUCGCAACGGACUGGACAAAGGUAUCAAGCUCGCUCCGCUUGCGGUAGCAAUAGGAAAUGAUGUUUACGAGGAAGUGGCAUUGCAGAGAAUGGUCGAGCGGAGGAAGAAAGAGAUGAACAGUGCUCAUCGAGUUAAGCUCAUCAAGCAGAUUUUCCUCGGGCGCAAGGAUCGGGACAAGCUGAAGGGCAUCAACUGGAAAAAUGCUCUUAAAUCCAUGGAGCAGGAAGAGCCUGAUAUUGUUUGGGCAACUGCUAUAAAGGCGAAGGUUGGCGCUGUAUUGAUGAGUCUCCUUUACGAUGUUGCCAAGGUCCCUGUUCCUGUUAACGAGGCCGCGGCAGCCAAAAAGAUCAAGAGAAGAGACGAGGUAGUCAUGCAGCCCGUCUUCCAACAUUCGUACCAGAUCACCUGGGGACGGCGGACUGGUUAUAUUCAUGUGAAUCCGGAGAUGAUCAAACUUCUUACCAGGGAGCCGGCCGAGGAUUUGCUGGGUCGCCAGUUGCCUAUGCUUUGCAAACCAAGGCCGUGGAAGGGUUACAAGGACGGUGCUUAUUUCUAUCACCAGAAUCUUUUUGUUCGCUCUACCCCGGGUGAGAGCCUGCAGCCCACGUACGUGAAGGCGGCGUUAGAGAAUGAUGGUUUGAAGAUGAUCCGCAAGGGCCUUGACAUUUUAGGUGGGACGGGGUGGGUUAUCAACCGCGAUGUCUUUAACGUUAUGCUCGAGGCCUGGAAUACGGGUGAGCCUAUCGCUGACCUUGCGCCUCUCGACCCCGAUUUGCCCAUCCCCCCAAAGCCCUCACCCGAAGAAGGUUACGAAGCCGAGAAGGAGUGGCACACAAAAGUGCGUGACAUUGAAAACCAGAGGGGAGGCUAUCAUUCUCAGCGGUGCUUCCAGAACUUCCAAAUGGAAGUUGCUCGUUCAUACCUGAACGAGACUUUUUACCUCCCUCAUAACAUGGAUUUCCGAGGCAGAGCAUAUCCAAUCCCGCCUUACCUUAAUCAAAUGGCCGCCGAUAACGCAAGAGGCCUUCUCUUGUUCAGCGAAGCGAAACCGCUCGGCGAAAGUGGGUUGAGGUGGUUGAAGAUUCAGAUUGCCAACCUUGCUGGAUUUGAUAAGGCUAGUCUUUCAGAGCGUGAACAGUUUGCCAUGGAUCAUUUGGACGAUGUGCUGGAUUCUGCUAACAAUGGCCUUCACGGCCGGCGCUGGUGGCUUCAAGCUGAAGAUCCCUGGCAAUGUCUGGCUGCCUGCUGCGAGCUCCGAAAUGCGCUUCAGCAUCCGAACCCCACUGAGUAUGCGUCGCGUCUGCCUAUUCAUCAGGAUGGCUCCUGUAACGGUCUGCAGCAUUAUGCUGCUCUCGGUGGUGACAAACUUGGUGCACAGCAGGUCAAUCUCGAGCCAUCUGACCGUCCUUCUGACGUGUAUUCCGCCGUCGCCCAGUACGUAAAGGAGGCCGUUGCAACAGAAGCUGCACAAGGCGAUCCCAUCGCCAAGAUGCUCGAAGGAAAGAUCACCCGUAAGGUUGUCAAGCAGACCGUUAUGACGAACGUCUACGGUGUGACGUUUAUUGGUGCUAUGAAGCAAAUCCGCAAGCAGCUUGCAAAUCACUACCCCGAACUUUCCGACCACGAAAAGAAAACGGGGGCCAUCUAUAUUGCUAGGAAAGUCUUCCAAGCCCUAGGGACUAUGUUCGAAGGAGCCCGCGACAUCCAACACUGGCUCGGCGAUAGUGCCAAUCGCAUUACACAGUCCCUUCCGCCCGAGCAGAUUGAAGAUCUCGCUAAAGAGGUUCUAAAUCCGUCGUUUUCCACACUGCCACUGACUAGCCGUGGCAAAUCGAAAAAGUCCCUUUCUAGCAGCGACCCGUCUGCUCACUUCAAAACCACCGUCAUUUGGACGACACCAUUGGGCCUGCCCGUUGUGCAACCGUACCGCAAUAGGUUGCCCCGUCGUGUUGUGACGAGCUUCCAAAGCUUGAGCGUUGUCGAGCAGGAUUCCCGCUACUGUGUCACCAGGCGCAAGCAGCUCCAGGCCUUCCCGCCCAACUUCAUCCACUCGCUUGAUGCCACUCAUAUGAUGCUGUCCGCAAUUGCCUGUCACCAGGCGGGCCUCACGUUUUCCGCCGUGCAUGACUCGUUCUGGACUCAUCCUUCCGACGUCGACUCUAUGAAUCGGAUCCUUCGCGAGGCAUUCGUUCAGAUGCACUCGGAUGACGUGAUCAAGAGGCUGGCAGCGGAGUUUGAAGUGCGCUACGGACGUAACUUGCAUUAUGCUCGAGUCCCGCGAUGGAGCCGGCUCGGAAGAGUUGUUGCUGAUUUCCGGAAGAACAAGCCAAAAUCAACUCGACUCCUCGAGCUGAUCGAGGAAUAUAAGCGACAGAAAUUAUUGCGGUCUGAUGACCCUGAGUUGCAAGCUCAGGGUCGUGAGAUGGUUACAGCGGCAAGUUGUUUUGAGGCGGCGGGCGGCACAGACGACGAUCUGGUCGUCCAUGCUUCUCUAGGUGAAGCUGCCGUCGGGCACGUCCCCGAGGAUUUGGAGGCCGCCGAGAAGCGGGCCUCGGGCAUGGAAACAGACGGCUCGGACCCGGCAGUCGCAACACUCCUCGGAACCGGUUCCUGGGAGCAGGAUGCGAAGCCCGAGCUGAGCGAGGAAGAACGCGAACUUGAAGCGAUGAUGGAUGAGGCCGACGAGCCUGCAAAGAAGAAGAAGAAGCGAACCACCGAAUACAUUUGGCUGUGGAUGCCGAUGCGGUUCCGCCCUGUGCCGACCAAGGGCGCAUGGGACGUGUCUCGAAUCCGCGAGAGCAAGUACUUUUUCUCCUAA